AGAGUUAGGGCUGUGAACUGCGAUCAGCACUCUGGAUCGUAUUUUUAGUCUUUUCAUGAUGAACCUGCUCGCUGAUCCCAACCUGACAAUGGAUGCUGGAGAGCCUGUGUAACCCCCGGCCGUGUCGGGCAACAUUCCGAUGAGCAUCCAACAUUCCAACCACGAUGAUCUCACCGAAGAUCCCAACGUGCUCGGAACUGUUUCGUUGUUUCCGGCCCAGCAGUGCGUACUCCAUCAUGAUCGCGUCUGUCUUUUGCGGGGAUUCGGGUUUGGUAUGGUGGGUGAAUCAAGCAUCCACCCCGUGGUCCGUCUAAACUUGGAUCAGGAACCGUCGGUCUGCUGCCAUUCCUUUCGGUUUAUUGUUGUUUGUUUCAUGAUGGAAGUCUCUGCGUGCCAGUCACUGCUUUCAGCCUCGUGGCCGAUAAGGAAUGUGAGUAUUGUUCUCGAAAGCUGCUACGCAUUGUUCUUCAACUAUUCAGAUUCCACGACGAGGCUGGGCCAGCGACAACCCAUUAGCAGCUGUUUCUGUCACCCAUCCGAUUCGCUGUCCCCGGAUACAUCGGGGCCAAGGCUUCAUGAGCCCUGUCUGAGACUCAGCCAUUGGGGCUCGGCGUAGUUACCGCACACAAUGUUUGCACUGCCCGACAGCUCCGCUGUCCUGCCUGUCUUUGCUUACUGUAUUUCCAUGAAUCAGGAGGGCUCUGAUCGUUUGGAUGCAAUCAGCCAAGGUCGGUUUCGGUAUAAA